AUGAAACUUUCAACCGUUAUACUUGCUUUGAAGCUUCCUGCCGAUUUUCUUAUCGUUAUCCUUCGGUACUUCAUAUUUGGUGGUAUCAAGGCGAGGAAGUACAGAAGGUCCUUAUCUAAGCUUCUCAAGCUUACGCUUUAUAGGUUUGCCUUGCUGGUGCCUAUCCAAGACACAAAAUGGCUUUCGCCAUAUUCUAAUGAUUUCUUGGUGAAACGUGCUUUCCCGAUCGUGGCGCCUUUGCUCGUUAAAGAUUUGCCUGGUUACGGAGAAAGGUACGAUGCUAACUCCAUCUGGCUUGUCAAGCAGCCCAACAGAAGCCCUGACGACCCAGUGAUUAUUUAUCUUCAUGGUGGUGGAUUCUUCCUCCAGACAAUGCCCCAGCAGCUCAAGUUUAUCUUGUCUACGUACCACUUGCUUACUCCAGAAAAGAAGAAGAAGACUUCUAUCUUGCUUUUGGACUAUAAGCUUGCCUCGAGGGGAUACACUUUCCCAACACAGAUGCUCCAGCUUGACCAGACAUACGAAAGACUCGUGCAAGAGAACAACAAGAACAUCGUAUUGAUGGGUGACUCGGCUGGUGGUAACAUGGCUGUGGGUCUUACACAGUUUUUCCAGGCCAAGGAGGAGCCUGUUCAGUACCCAUCCAAGUUGAUUUUGUUCUCGCCGUGGAUGAAAUUGGCCCCUCUUCCAUAUGACAUGACAGAACUGUCUUCGUGGAAGCAGUGUGAAGACUACGACUUGAUCCACCACUCCAAAUUCGGCGACAUCUCUCAAUUGGCAUUGAUUAUCGGUAAGAAGGACCCAUUCUCGCUCAUUUGGUCUCCUAUGGGUAAGAACCCACGCCAGAGACUGGACUGGGAAACAAUUCCAAGUUACUCUGACCCUAAUUAUGACGUUUUCGUUCUCGUGGGCGAAGACGAAAGUUUCCGUGAUGAUGUUUUGGAAUGGGCCAAGUAUGCCUUGGAUGUGCCUUUCCACGGAACCCACUCUUACGGUACUGAGAAGGGUUAUACCGAGGAGAGAUACUCUUUCGUGCGUCGUAACCAGCCUGGUAAGGCUAAUGUUAACUUACAUGUGGAGCCACAGGGCCUUCAUGAUGCCAUUUUGUUCUUUGAAGAUACUGUUCACAAGCAAGUCGGAGCUGGUCUCAAGAAGGGUAAGCCCAUCACUGUGGAGGAGAUUGAUCAGAAGGAGUACUUUGGCGUUUACCGUUUGGUGAAAUAUCUUAAUGAGAGACUUUAG